UUCACAUUCCGUUGAGAAAGGCAUACUCAGAGAGAGAGAGAGAGAGAGGACUUGGUUAGUAGCCACUAAUUGGCGCGAAACGAGAGGGAAGCAAACCGAACUUAAUGGUAUUCUCGAAGAAUGUCACUCCCCACAAGCCAUUUUGGAUGGUAUCCCGCCAUUCCCUUCCCAAACCACGCAUACAUCUGGGUUACUCUUUCUCUCUCUCUCUCUCCCCCUCCCCCACACUCCCUCGCCAAUUUUUCCCAGAAAAUGGCAUUUCUCGGCUUUCUUUUCGACCAUUCUUGAGUCCAUUUUUGUUUCUAUUGAUUAUCGUCGAAAGGGUCAUUGCCUUUUGUAGUGUCGAUGAUCAAGAAGUUUGGCGUUUCCCUGCGUUUUGUUUUACCAUACUUGACUAUAUUUCAAUUUUCGCCAAGAUGGUGGGCUCCUUUUUUGUUUCCUGUGAUUAAGAAUGUUUGAAUCAAUCCGAUGAAUUUUAUGAAGCGAGAGCUUAUGCGUGGCUGAGCUCUGAUCGAAAUCUUAAAAAUGGGAACUCCGGUGAAUAUCAUUGUAGGUUCCCAUGUCUGGGUUGAAGACCCAGAUUUAGCUUGGAUUGAUGGGCAGGUGUCAAAGAUUAAUGGACAGGAAGCUGAGAUCCAGACUACCAAUGGGAAGAAGGUUGUUGCAAACCUAUCAAAGAUCUAUCCAAAAGAUAUGGAAGCUCCUGCUGGUGGAGUUGAUGACAUGACAAAGCUAUCUUAUUUGCAUGAGCCUGGAGUUCUGCAGAACUUAAAAAUUAGAUAUGAACUGAAUGAAAUCUAUACUUAUACUGGAAAUAUUCUAAUUGCCAUAAAUCCAUUCCAAAGACUUCCUCAUAUUUAUGAUGCUCACAUGAUGCAACAAUACAAAGGAGCUCCAUUUGGAGAACUAAGCCCUCAUGUUUUUGCAAUUGCUGAUGUUGCAUACAGGGCAAUGAUCAAUGAGGGGAAAAGCAAUUCAAUUCUGGUCAGUGGUGAAAGUGGAGCUGGUAAAACUGAGACCACGAAAAUGCUUAUGCGAUACCUUGCAUUUUUAGGAGGUCGGGUUGCUACUGAAGGACGGACAGUUGAGCAACAAGUUCUUGAAUCAAAUCCAGUCCUUGAGGCAUUUGGAAAUGCUAAAACUGUAAGGAAUAACAAUUCCAGCCGUUUUGGAAAGUUUGUAGAGAUCCAGUUUGAUAAGCAUGGAAGAAUCUCAGGCGCAGCCAUCAGAACUUACCUUUUGGAGAGGUCUCGUGUUUGCCAAAUUUCUGAUCCUGAACGCAACUACCACUGCUUCUACCUUCUUUGUGCUGCACCACAGGAGGAAAUUGAGAAGUACAAGUUGGGAAACCCUAAAUCAUUUCGCUACCUUAACCAGUCAAAUUGUUAUGAACUGGUUGGUGUAAGUGAUGCUCAUGAUUAUCUUGCCACAAGGAGAGCAAUGGACAUUGUUGGGAUUAGUGAAAAGGAACAGGAAGCAAUUUUCAGAGUGGUUGCUGCAAUACUUCAUCUUGGCAAUAUUGAGUUUGCUAAGGGGAAGGAAGUUGAUUCAUCCGUUCCAAAAGAUGACCAAGCCAAAUUCCAUCUUAGAAUGACUGCAGAGCUUCUCAUGUGUGAUGCUGUGGCCUUGGAAGAUGCAUUAUGUAAGCGUGUCAUGAUCACCCCAGAAGAAGUCAUAAAACGCAGCCUUGAUCCUCAAAGUGCAGCCAUUAGCCGAGAUGCUUUAGCUAAGACAGUAUAUUCUCGACUAUUUGACUGGUUGGUCGAUAAAAUUAAUGUCUCAAUUGGACAGGAUCCUAAUUCAAAAUCUUUGAUUGGGGUUCUCGACAUCUAUGGUUUUGAGAGCUUUAAGACUAACAGUUUUGAGCAGUUCUGCAUUAAUUUCACAAAUGAGAAGUUGCAGCAACAUUUCAACCAGCACGUUUUCAAGAUGGAACAGGAAGAAUACACGAAAGAGGAGAUAGAUUGGAGCUACAUUGAGUUUGUGGAUAAUAAAGAUGUAUUGGAUCUUAUUGAAAAGAAACCAGGUGGAAUCAUUGCUCUACUCGAUGAGGCUUGCAUGUUUCCGAAGUCAACACAUGAGACAUUUGCAAACAAGCUGUAUCAAACAUUUAAAAACCACAAGCGUUUCAUAAAGCCAAAACUAUCUCGCACGAAUUUCACCAUUGCUCAUUAUGCUGGAGAGGUGCUAUAUCAAUCCGACCAAUUUUUGGACAAAAACAAGGACUAUGUGGUCCCUGAACAUCAAGACUUGUUGGGUGUUUCCACAUGUCCUUUUGUGGCAGGCCUUUUCCCUCCACUUCCGGAAGAAACAACUAAAUCUUCAAAGUUUUCUUCUAUUGGUUCUCGUUUUAAGGUACAACUACAGCAAUUGCUGGAAACAUUAAACUCUACUGAACCUCACUACAUUAGAUGUGUGAAGCCAAAUAACCUUCUAAAACCUGCCAUAUUUGAGAAUGUCAGCAUCAUGCAACAACUGCGUUGUGGUGGUGUUUUAGAGGCAAUCAGAAUCAGUUGUGCUGGAUACCCGACCCGUCGUCCUUUCUUUGAAUUCAUAAAUCGAUUUGGUCUUCUUGCUCCAGAGGUCUUAGAAGGAACAAACAACGAAAAGGUUGUUUGCAAAAAUAUUCUGGAAAAGAAGGGGCUUAAAGGGUUUCAGAUAGGCAAAACAAAAGUGUUCCUAAGAGCUGGUCAGAUGGCUGAACUCGAUGCACGGAGGGCUGAGGUACUUAGUCGUGCGGCAAAAACUAUUCAGUGGCGCAUUCGAACUCAUAUUGCUCGUAGACAUUUUGUUGCACUGCGGAAGGCUACAAUAGAUUUGCAAUCUAUAUGUAGAGGAAGACUGGCUUGCAAACUUUUUGAGUUCUUGAAAAAGGAGGCAACUGCUGUGAAAAUUCAGAAGCACAUACGAAGAUACCAAGCCAGAAAAACCUAUUGCAAUCUCCAUCUCUCUAUGCUUGUCUUGCAAACAGGUUUAAGGGCAUUGGCUGCUCGUAAAGAAUUCAGACUCAGAAAACGAACUAAAGCUGCUAUAUUUGUUCAGGUCAUACACUUCAAAACUUAUUUCGCCUGGAAAUCUACUCGUAUACUGUUAUCACUGUCCAAAAAUGAAAACUCACUUUCUAACAAAAUGCAGGCAAGAUGGCGUUGUCAUAAAGCUGCAUCAUACUAUAGGAAGCUUAAGAGAGGUUCAAUAGUCACACAAUGCAGAUGGAGGGGACAAAUUGCAAGGAGAGAACUACGAAAGCUCAAAAUGGCUGCAAGGGAAACCGGUGCACUUAAAGAAGCAAAGGAUAAGCUUGAAAAAAGAGUGGAGGAGCUCACUUGGCGUUUACAAUUGGAAAAACGUUUAAGGACUGACCUAGAGGAAGCAAAAGCACAGGAGAUAGCAAAAUUGCAGAAUUCAUUGCAAGAACUGCGGAAUAAAGUUGAUGAAUCAAAUGCGUUACUUGUCAAGGAACGAGAGUUUGCAAAACAGGCUAUUGAAGAAGCACCUCCUGUUAUCAAAGAAACUCAAGUUCUUGUCGAAGAUACCCAAAAAAUAGAUUCUCUAACAGCAGAAGUGCAGAGCCUCAAGGCAUCAUUGGAGUCAGAGAGACAAAGAGCUGAUGACUCUAAAAGAAAAUACAGUGAAGUUGAAGAGUCUAGUGAAGAGCGACGUAAAAAAUUACAAGAAACAGAGAACAAAGUUCAUCAGCUCCAGGAAUCUUUGACCAGGCUAGAAGAGAAGCUUACCAAUUUAGAAUCGGAGAAUCAAGUGUUACGUCAACAAGCUGUAUCCAUGGCACCUAACAAGUUCCUCUCAGGACGCUCUAGAUCAAUCAUUCAGAGAGGUCCUGAAAACAGUCAUAUUGGAAUGGAUGCAAGGGCAGCUUUGGAUCUGCAUAGUCCUUCAACAAACCAAAGGGAUCUUUCUGAAAUAGAGGAGAAACCCCAAAAAUCCCUAAAUGAGAAGCAGCAGGAAAACCAAGAGUUGCUCAUACGAUGUAUUGCACAGCACCUCGGCUUUGCAGGGACUAGGCCUAUUGCUGCCUGCAUCAUAUAUAAAUGCCUUCUGCACUGGAGAUCAUUUGAAGUUGAGAGAACUAGUGUUUUUGAUCGGAUCAUUCAGACAAUUGGCAAUGCUAUUGAGACCCAGGAUAACAAUGAUAUCUUAGCCUAUUGGCUAUCCAAUGCAUCAACACUUCUCUUACUACUCCAGCGCACAUUGAAAGCAAGUGGUGCAGCUGGAAUGGCUCCACAACGACGCCGUUCUUCAUCAGCUACUCUAUUUGGGAGGAUGACACAAAGUUUCCGCGGUGCUCCACAAGGAAUCAAUCUUUCUUUAAUCAAUGGCAACAUGAAUGGUGGGGUGGAUACAUUACGGCAAGUUGAAGCCAAGUACCCAGCUUUGCUUUUUAAACAGCAGCUUACAGCAUAUGUGGAAAAGAUCUAUGGAAUGAUUCGAGAUAAUUUGAAGAAAGAAAUUUCUCCAUUGCUUGGAUUGUGCAUCCAGGCACCAAGAACAUCCAGAGUAAGCUUGGUUAAGGGGUCACGUUCUGUUGCAAACACUGAAGCCCAGCGAGCUUUAAUUGCUCACUGGCAAGGGAUAGUGAAAAGCCUUGGAAGCUUCUUAAACACUUUGAAAGAAAAUCAUGUACCCCCAUUUUUAGUUCGUAAGGUGUUCACACAAAUAUUUUCUUUCAUCAAUGUUCAGCUAUUCAACAGUCUUCUGUUAAGGCGAGAGUGCUGUUCCUUCAGUAAUGGUGAAUACGUGAAAGCUGGGCUGGCUGAAUUGGAACAUUGGUGUUAUACGGCCACAGAUGAGUAUGCAGGUUCUUCUUGGGAUGAGCUCAAGCAUAUUAAACAGGCUAUUGGGUUUCUGGUCAUACAUCAAAAACCAAAGAAAACACUAGAUGAAAUCAGCCAUGAUCUAUGCCCAGUCCUCAGUAUACAGCAGCAAUAUCGGAUCAGUACAAUGUACUGGGAUGAUAAGUAUGGCACGCACAGCGUGUCCUCGGAUGUUAUUUCCAGUAUGAGGGUGCUCAUGACAGAAGACUCUAACAAUGCAGUAAGUAAUUCAUUCCUAUUGGAUGACGAUUCAAGUAUUCCGUUUUCAGUUGAUGACUUAUCAAAGUCCAUGGAACAAAUAGACAUCUCCGAUGUUGAAUCACCGCCGCUUAUUCGUGAGAACACAGGCUUCACUUUCUUGUUGCCACGUUCAGACUAGCACUGUCGCUCCAGAAAUGGAUUGGUUUUCCCUCUAUCAAUCUCCAUACUCGAGAUGAAGAUUUACAAGACAACCUCUAUUGGGAAUGUCAUCACCGAGUUGUAAAAUAUAUUCAUUACUCUCUAAACGUUUUCUUUUUUGAUAUUACCUUUCUACAUAUAGUUCAUAGUUGUAAAUCUUCGUUUUGUAAACAAGUUCUUGGUGAAGGGAAAGAAAUCAACGGCGUAUAGCCUUACAUAACAGAUGUAGCGCCCUCUCCUGUUUAAAGAGGUUCUUAACUUCUACUUGCACAAGUCGCAUACCCGU